AUGUGCAAAGAUUACUGUUGUUCUGCUUUCCUCCACUUCCAAGAUGUUAUCGAUCCCUCGGUGAUCUGCGACCUCGACAACAACAUCAAUCCAAUCUUCCGCCCCAAGAACGUCUCGGACGAAGACUAUGCGAGAGCAGCACCUGCUUUACGCCUGGCUUCUAGGGCAUUGCUCACCGAUGCUGCUACCAAGUACUUGCUUACCAUGUCGGAAGGGGACAUCUUCUUGGAUGGCAAAACUGCGAAGUCCAAGAAGGCAUUAGUGAAGGGCCGUCAGGUCUCUUGGUCGGAAGUGGAUCAACUUGAAAGGGUAUUGAAAAGACACACCGAUGAUCAGAUCACCGCGGGAAAGUCACUCAUGCGCUCAAGGGCUGGGCGACUCAUUGCUAACAUGACCGACAUGGUCCAAUUCUUCUUCGACGAUCCUCUUGCGUGCGGGAGUGGUCAAACCGCAGCGCUUGAGGGUCCUCUACUACCAAAUCUUCACCAACGCUUCCCUCGAGGUACGCGCUCGCUGAUAUGUAUCAGCCCGGUCUACUUCGAGGAGCUGGAGUCACCUUCCCAGUGGGCGCGGCAUCACUUCCGUCUGGCAGAGGUGCUACUGCACGAACUGGCCCACGCGGUCCACAUGGCCGUGAAUGGUCACCGCUGCGUUGAGUGCUUUUACAAAAACGCCACCUUUUCUGAAGCUGGCUACGAAUUUACCAGUGAGAUCUUUGGGGGGAUCCUCUCCAGCGGCAUAGCAGCAGCCUUCUCACCUUGUAGCCAUUUUCAGGAGGAGUACCGAAGAAGAGAGCUUAUCAUCGAUGGUAAGCCUGCUGAAUGCAACAUCAAUGGUAAGGAUGCUGUGAGAGUACCGAUGUUAUUAUCAUGGCCUUGUCCACUCAUGCAAAAGCACUACAAUGCCAAUGGCUGGGCUUUUGGGGCACGUACUGUGCAUCACCCAGGGAUCUCCAAGGUGACUCGACUGCCCAUGUCAUGGGUCAGAUCGAUAUUUACCUCAUCGUUCUGGGAGGAGAACGCCAGUCAGUGGUCAGCCACACGCAAUACAUCCCGUAAGGUGCCGUGGUGGCUCAUGGGUCUUGAGAACACUUUCUUCGAAGAGACAGGUCAGACCUGGUUGGUUGAGAAGAUCGUUUCGUUGAGCGAUGUUGGACUGACUGAUGAUGUCCGAGAACGCAUGCAAUGCGCAGCUGCGUGGCAGGACCCGUCAGUGCGUGAUUGUGAGGAUAUGCUGGACAUCUUUGCGGAUGGGCUGGACAUGUGGCCGCACCAGCAAGAGCCACAGCAGUAUAAGUCUCGUGAGAAGAAGGUGCCCUUCUAUAUGGAUCUUCUGGGAUUGGGCGGAUUUGCGUAG